GGAACGGGCUUUUCGUCUAUACCCCCUUUUUCGCUCUCGCUCGUACUCGGAUUAUGCAAAACCGUAUAACGAAAUCAUGUCAAGCCCGACGCAAUCGCCGUGCCGAUCGAUUACGUGAAUUACUUCAACUUACACAGGCCGAUUCCGUGUUACUGGAUGCUUGUAAACGAAAGAAAGCUGUGGAUGUGGAAGCAUUGUUAUCGGCAUUCUCCUGUAUCAACCCAGAUAAUGUACGUGAUAAUCACCUUCGCACACCAUUACAUAUUGCUUGCGGACGAAGAGAUGAUCUGCAAGAAGCAACUGCGAUAGCUCGGGUGCUCAUUCGGGCUGGAUCGGAUGUGAAUAAUGGAGUGGGCGACGUCGACGGAUUACAACCAAUGCAUAUGGCGGUUCUUGCUGGCAACAUUAGCUGCGUGCUAAUGCUUCUGGAAGAAGGCGCCAGUGUACCAGCAUCCGACCCUUUCCGAUUAACACCUUUACUACUCGCAAAGCUCAAAAUGGACAACUUGCGGCAGACACAACUGGCUCUUUACAACGAUAGCAAGAACAGCGACGAAGAAGAUGACGACGAUGAUUAUACUGAAGGUGACAACAACAGCCGGAUAAAGAACACAACGAUGAGCAGUAACGCGCAGCAAGAGUACCAGGAUUUACAAUCAAUAACUAAAGUCUUAGUCACGCAUCUAGCAAAUAAGCACAUCACGACAUAUGGUCUACCCUCGCAAGAUCCCAAUCCACACUAUCACGGGAUAUCCGAUCGUCUAUUUGCAAGAGAGAGGAAGGAUUCCGAUCAGCAGUUGAAUCAAGCAAUUGUUAGCAUCACCGACCAGCUAUCCGGUAUCUGCAUGCAGGACAAUCGGGAUAGUGAUCCAUUGAUUCAGGAUGCUGUGAAUAUGCUGAUGGAGAAAGUACGCAGCCUGGGAUUAGAGGAGACUGCUGUAAAAUAGAAAAACUUUAAAACUUUAGCUUUCAUAUACUAUACAUUACACAUUAUACCAAUUCUCAAUUGUUGGUCUUCUUUUCUUUGCGUCUUGCUGUUGCAAGAAAAGAAAGAAUAAUAGCUCGAAUACAUAUUAACUCAUUUCGAAUAAGCUUCUACGAUACGUAUUACUUUAAAGCGAUGCUCGCAUAAUAGCAGCAGUUACCUGCAAAUGUUGUCAUAGCAACUGUCGGCCGGUCUACCGUUGCCAGGAUUUAAACCUUAAAUUAGAUUGGAG